AUGUUCUCUUUCUUAUGUUUUCUAUCUAUCUUUCUUAGGUUAUCGGUAUUUCUUUCUUUCUUACAUUCUCUUUCUUACAUUCUUUUUCUUUUUCUUUCUUUCUCUUUUUCUCUCUUAUUUUCUCUUUCUUUUUUUUCUUAUGGUAUCUUUCUUUCUUUCUUACGUUCUCAUUCUUUCUUAUGUAAUUUUUUUUCUUUCUUUCUUAAGUUAUUUGCUUUUGUUCUUAGUUUCUUUCUUACGUUUUCAUUCUUUCUUUCUUAUGCUCUCUCUCUUUCUUUCUUUCUUUCUUAUUUUCUUAUGUUCUCUUCAAUAUUUCCUACGUUAUCUGCUUUUCUUUCUUUCUUUCUAACGGUCGCUAUAUUUCCGACAUUCUUCUUUGUCCUCUCUUACGUUUUCUUUCUUUCUUUCUUUCUUUCUUUCUUUCUUUCUUUCUUUCUUUCUUUCUUAAGUAAUUUCUUUAUUUUCUUUCUUGCGUUGUUUUUCUUUCUUUCUUUCUUUCUUUCUUUCUUUCUUUCUUUCUUUCUUUCUUUCUUUCUUAUGUUCUCUUUCUUUCUUAUGUCCUCUUUUUUCCUGACAUUCUCUUUCAUUAUUUCUUUAUUUCUUACGUUCUCUUUCUUUCUCACGUUCUAUUCUUUCUUAACUUCCUUUCUUUCUUUUUUUCUUGCUUUCUUUCUUGCGGUUCUCUUUCUUUCUAUAUUUCUUUCUUUCUUUCUUUCUUUCUUUUUCUUUCUUAUGUUUCUCUUUCUUUCCUACGUCCUCUUUCUUCCUUACGUUCUCUUUCUUUAUUUGUUUAAUUGUUACGUUCUCUUUCUUUCUUACAUUCUAUUCUUUCUUUCUUUCUUUCUUUCUUUCUUCUUUCUUUCUUUCUUUCUUUCUUUCUUGCGGUUCUCUUCCUUCCUUCCUUUCUUUCUUUCUUUCUUUCUUUCUUUCUUUCUUUCUUAUGUUCUCUUUCUUUCCUAUGUCCUCUUUCUUCCUUACGUUCUCUUUCUUUAUUUGUUUAAUUGUUACGUUCUCUUUCUUUCUUACAUUCUAUACUUUCUUUCUUUCUUUCUUUCUUUCUUCUUUCUUUCUUUCUUUCUUUCUUUCUUUCUUUCUUGCGGUAUCUGUCUUUUUUACGUUCUCUUUCUUUCUUUCUUUAUUUCUUUCUUUCUUUCUUUCUUUCUUUCUUAUGUUCUCUUUCUUUCCUACGUCCUCUUUCUUCCUUACGUUCUCUUUCUUUAUUUGUUUAAUUGUUACGUUCUCUUUCUUUCUUGCAUUCUAUUCUUUCUUUCUUUCUUUCUUUCUUUCUUUCUUUCUUUCUUCUUUCUUUCUUUCUUUCUUGCGGUUCUCUUCCUUUCUUUCUUUCUUUCUUUCUUUCUUAUGUUCUCUUUCUUUCCUACGUCCUCUUUCUUCCUUACGUUCUCUUUCUUUAUUUGUUUAAUUGUUACGUUCUCUUUCUUUCUUACAUUCUAUACUUUCUUUCUUUCUUUCUUUCUUCUUUCUUUCUUUCUUUCUUUCUUUCUUUCUUUCUUUCUUGCGGUUCUCUUUCUUUCUUUCUUUCUUUCUUUCUUUCUUUCUUUCUUUCUUAUGUUCUCUUUCUUUCCUACGUCCUCUUUCUUCCUUACGUUCUCUUUCUUUAUUUGUUUAAUUGUUACGUUCUCUUUCUUUCUUACAUUCUAUUCUUUCUUUCUUUCUUCUUUCUUUCUUUCUUUCUUUCUUUCUUGCGGUUCUCUUUCUUUCUUUCUUUCUUUCUUUCUUAUGUUCUCUUUCUUUCCUAUGUCCUCUUUCUUUCCUAUGUCCUCUUUCUUCCUUACGUUCUCUUUCUUUAUUUGUUUAAUUGUUACGUUCUCUUUCUUUCUUACAUUCUAUUCUUUCUUUCUUUCUUUCUUUCUUUCUUCUUUCUUUCUUUCUUUCUUUCUUUCUUUCUUUCUUUCUUUCUUGCGGUAUCUGUCUUUUACGUUCUCUUUCUUUCUUACGUUCUUUAUCUUUUCUCCAUUCUUUCUUAGGUUCUCUUUCUUUCUUUCUUUCUUUCUUAUGUUCUCUUUUCUUUCCUAUGUCCUCUUUCUUUCCUUGUCCUCUUUCUUUUUUUAUUUCUCUUUCUUUAUUUGUUUAAUUGUUACGUUCUCUUUCUUUCUUACAUUCUAUUCUUUCUUCCUUUCUUCUUUCUUUCUUCUUUCUUUCUUUCUUUCUUUCUUGCGGUAUCUGUCUUUUUUAUGUUCUCUUUCCUUCUUACGUUCUUUAUCUUUUCUCUUUCUUUCUUACGUUUUUCUUUCUUUCUUAUGUUUUUAUUUCAUUUUCUUUCUUUCUUUAUGUUCUCUUUCUUUUUUACGUGCACUUUCUUUCUUUCUUUCUUUUUAUCGUUCUUUCUUUUGUACAUUCUCUUUCUUUCAUUCUUGCGUUCUCUCUCUAAUGUUCUCUUUCUUUAAUUAUUUCUUUCUUACAUUCUCUUCUUUCUUUCUUUCUUUCUUUCUUUCUUUCUUUCUUGCGGUUCUCUUCCUUUCUUUCUUUCUUUCUUUCUUUCUUUCUUUCUUUCUUAUGUUCUCUUUCUUUCCUACGUCCUCUUUCUUUCCUUUUUAUUCUCUUUCUUUAUUUGUUUUAAUUGUUACGUUCUUUUCUUUCUUACAUUCUAUUCUUUCUUUCUUUCUUUCUUCUUUCUUUCUUUCUUUCUUUCUUUCUUGCGGUUCUCUUUCUUUCUUUCUUUCUUUCUUUCUUUCUUUCUUUCUUUCUUAUGUUUCUCUUUCUAUGUCCUCUUUCUUUCCUAUGUCCUCUUUCUUCCUUACGUUCUCUUUCUUUAUUUGUUUAAUUGUUACGUUCUCUUUCUUUCUUACAUUCUAUUCUUUCUUUCUUUCUUUCUUUCUUUCUUCUUUCUUUCUUUCUUUCUUUCUUUCUUGCGGUUCUCUUUCUUUCUUUCUUUCUUUCUUUCUUUCUUUCUUUCUUUCUUUCUUUCUUAUGUUCUCUUUCUUUCCUAUGUCCUCUUUCUUUCCUAUGUCCUCUUUCUUUCUUACGUUCUCUUUCUUUAUUUGUUUAAUUGUUACGUUCUCUUUCUUUCUUACAUUCUAUUCUUUCUUCCUUUCUUCUUUCUUUCUUCUUUCUUUCUUUCUUUCUUUCUUGCGGUAUCUGUCUUUUUUAUGUUCUCUUUCCUUCUUACGUUCUUUAUCUUUUCUCAUUCUUUCUUACGUUUUUCUUUCUUUCUUAUGUUUUUAUUUCAUUUUCUUUCUUUCUUUAUGUUCUCUUUCUUUUUUACGUGCACUUUCUUUCUUUCUUUCUUUUUAUCGUUCUUUCUUUUGUACAUUCUCUUUCUUUCAUUCUUGCGUUCUCUCUCUAAUGUUCUCUUUCUUUAAUUAUUUCUUUCUUACAUUCUCUUCUUUCUUUCUUUCUUUCUUUCUUUCUUUCUUUCUUUCUUGCAGUAUCUGUCUUUUUAUGUUUCUCUUUCCUUCUUACGUUCUUUAUCUUUUUCUCUUUCUUUCUUACGUUUUUUUUUCUUUCUUAUGUUUUUAUUUCAUUUUCUUUCUUUCUUUAUAUUUCUCUUUCUUUUUUUACGUGCACUUUCUUUUCUUUCUUUCUUUUUUAUCGUUCUUUCUUUUGUACAUCUCUUUCUUUCAUUCUUGCGUUUCUCUCUCUAAUGUUUCUCUUUCUUUAAUUAUUUCUUUCUUACAUUCUCUUCUUUCUUUCUUUCUUUCUUUCUUUCUUUCUUGCGGUAUCUGUCUUUUUUAUGUUCUCUUUCCUUCUUACGUUCUUUAUCUUUUCUCUUUCUUUCUUACGUUUUUCUUUCUUUCUUAUGUUUUUUUAUUUCAUUUCUUUCUUUCUUUAUGUUUCUCUUUUCUUUUUUACGUGCUUUCUUUUCUUUCUUUUUUUUUAUCGGUUCUCUUCCUUUUUCUUUCUUUCUUUCUUUUCUUUCUUUCUCUUCUAUCUUAUAUUCUCUUUUAUUUCCUAUGUCCUCUUUCUUCCUUACAUUCUCAUUUUUUACUUCUUUAUUUCUUACGUUCUCUUUCUUUCUUGCAUUCUCUUCUUUCUUUCUUUCUUUCUUUCUUUCUUUCUUUCUUUCUUUCUUUCUUGUGGUAUCUGUCUUUUUACGUUCUCUUUCUUUCUUACGUUCUCAUUCUUUCUUUCUUUCUUUCUUUCUUUCUUUCUUUCUUAUGUUUCUAUUUCUUUUUCUUUAUUUAUUUAUGUUCUCUUUCUUUUUAUGUGCACUUUCUUUCUUUCUUUCUAUCAUUCUUUCUUUCGUACUUUCUCUUUCUUUCAUUCUUGCGUUCUCUUUCUUAUGUUCUCUUUCUUUAUUUAUUUCUUUCUUACAUUCUCUUCUUUCUUUUUUUCUUUCUUUCUUUCUUUCUUGUUGUUCUCUUUCUUUCUUUCUUUCUUUCUUUCUUUCUUUCUUUCUUUCUUUCUUUCUUAUGUUCUCUUUCUUUCCUAUGUCCUCUUUCUUCCUUACAUUCUCUUUUUUUAUUUCUUUAUUUCUUACGUUCUCUUUCUUUCUUGCAUUCUCUUCUUUCUUUCUUUCUUUCUUUCUUUCUUUCUUUCUUUCUUGUGGUAUCUGUCUAUUUACGUUCUCUUUCUUUCUUACGUUCUCAUUCUUUCUUUCUUUCUUUCUUUCUUAUGUUUCUAUUUCUUUUUCUUUAUUUAUUUAUGUUCUCUUUCUUUUUUAUUUGCAUGUUCUUUCUUUCUUUCUAUCAUUCUUUCUUUUCGUACUUUCUCUUUCUUUCAUUCUUGCGUUCUCUUUCUUAUGUUCUCUUUCUUUAUUUAUUUCUUUCUUACAUUCUCUUCUUUUCUUUCUUUUUUUUCUUUCUUUCUUUCUUUCUUUCUUUCUUUUUUUCUUUUUUCUUUCUUUCUUUUUCUUUUAUCUUUUUUUUUUCUUUCUUAGGUUUCUCUUUCUUUCUUUCUUUCUUUCUUUCUUAUGUUCUCUUUCUUUCCUAUGUCCUCUUUCUUCCUUACUUUUCUUUUUUUUUUUCUUUCUUUAUUUCUUACGUUCUCUUUCUUUCUUGCAUUCUCUUCUUUCUUUCUUUCUUUCUUUCUUUCUUUCUUUCUUUCUUUCUUGUGGUAUCUGUCUUUUUACGUUCUCUUUCUUUCUUACGUUCUCAUUCUUUCUUUCUUUCUUUCUUUCUUAUGUUUCUAUUUCUUUUUCUUUAUUUAUUUAUGUUCUCUUUCUUUUUAUGUGCACUUUCUUUCUUUCUUUCUAUCAUUCUUUCUUUCGUACUUUCUCUUUCUUUCAUUCUUGCGUUCUCUUUCUUAUGUUCUCUUUCUUUAUUUAUUUCUUUCUUACAUUCUCUUCUUUCUUUCUUUCUUUCUUUCUUUCUUUCUUUCUUGUUGUAUCUGUCUUUUUUUUACAUUCUCUUUCUUUCUUACGUUCUUUAUCUUUUCUCUUUCUUUCUUAGGUUCUCUUUCUUUCUUUCUUUCUUUCUUUCUUUCUUUCUUAUGUUCUCUUUCUUUCCUAUGUCCUCUUUCUUCCUUACAUUCUCUUUUUUUAUUUCUUUAUUUCUUACGUUCUCUUUCUUUCUUGCAUUCACUUCUUUCUUUCUUUCUUUCUUUCUUUCUUGUGGUAUCUGUCUUUUUACGUUCUCUUUCUUUCUUACGUUCUUUAUCUUUUCUCUUUCUUUCUUACGUUCUCUUUCUUUCUUUCUUUCUUUCUUUCUUUCUUUCUUUCUUAUGUUUUUAUUUCUUUUUCUUUCUUUAUGUUCUCUUUCUUUUUUAUGUGCACUUUCUUUCUUUCUAUCGUUCUUUCUUUCGUACGUUCUCUUUUUUUCUUUCUUUCUUUCUUUCUUUUAUUCUUGCGUUCUUCCUUAUGUUAUCUUUCUUUCUUUCCUUCUUGCCUCCCCUUUCAUUGUUAAGUUCUAUUUCUUUCUUUCCUUCUUAGUAUGUUCAUUAUCUAUCUAUCUAUCUAUCUAUCUAUCUAUCUAUCUAUCUAUCUAUCUAUCUAUCUAUCUAUCGAGCCUAAUCUGGUUGUUUGUUUCUAUCUAUCUAUCUAUCUAUCUAUCUAUCUAUCUAUCUAUCAAGCCUAAUCUGCCUAAUCUGGUUGUUUGUUUCUAUCUAUCUAUCUAUCUAUCUAUCUAUCUAUCGAUAACUGUCCAUUCAUUAUCUAUCUAUCUAUCUAUCUAUCUAUCUAUCUAUCUAUCUAUCAAGCCUAAUCUGUUUUUUUCUAUCUAUCUAUCUAUCUAUCUAUCUAUCUAUCUAUCUAUCUAUCUAUCUAUCUCUGCCUGUUCAUUAUUUAUCUAUCUAUCUAUCCUUGUCCAUUCAUUAUCUAUCUAUCUAUCUAUCUAUCUAUCUAUCUAUCUAUCUAUCUAUCUCUGCCUGUUCAUUUUUUUAUCUAUCCUUGUUUGCCCAUUAUCUAUCUACAUCUUUAGUCUGUUCAUUAUCUAUCUGUGUGAGUUAAUUAUCUAUCUCUAUUUCAUUAUCUCUCUCUCUCUCUCAAAUAUUUUCAUUAUCUCGCUUUCUUUCCUUCUUUCUUUCUUUCUUUCUUUUUUUCUUUCUUUCUUAUGUUCGCUUUCUUUCUUACAUCUUCUUUCUUUCUUUACGUUCUCUUUCUUUCUUUCUUUCUUUCUUAUGUUCUCUUUAAUUCUUACGUUAUUUGAUUUUUUCUUCGUUUCUUUCUUAUGUUCUCUUUAUUUCUUAUGUUCUUUUUCUUUCUUACAUUCUUUUUCUUUCUUUCUUCUUUAUGCUCUCUUUCUUUCUUUCUUUCUUUCUUUCUUUCUUUUCUUUCUUUCUUCCUUCCUUUCUUACUUUCUUGCGGUAUCUGUCGUUCUUACGUUCUCCUUCUUCCUUGAAUUCUUUCUUGCCUUCUCUUUCUUUCUUUCUUUCUUUCUUUCUUUCUUUCUUUCUUUCUUUCUUUCUUUCUUACAUACUCUUUCUUUCUUUCUUUCUUUACGUUCUCUUUCUUACGUUCUUUCUCUUUUCUCUUUCUUAUGUUCUCUUUCUUUUUAUGGCCCCUUUUUUUUUUGUCGACGUCAGUAA